AUGCGACCCACUUCCAUUCUCUUUCUUGCGCUUGCUACACAAGGAACUUCGGCCACUGUCUUCAAGCGGGCAUCGACGUUUGCUGCUCGACACACCAAGUCCCUCGCCCGAGACCUCCGAGUGGCUUUUGGCGGAAUACUUCCGCGGGAUUCAGCGUCAAACGCUCAACAUGUUAUCUACUGCAAGAAUUCGCCGCCAUCGGGCGUGUUGGGCUCUGGCUCGAAUUCAGACUCAGGUGUUGGGUCUGGCUCUAGCUUGUCGUCCGGUGUUCGAUCCGGACCAGCCAGCACCACAAAGAAGGGAAGCACACCAACUGGCUCCGCGAAAGGUCCGAGUGCUACCUCACCGUGGCAAUUGACCCAGUCCUACGCCGGCUCCAACUUCUUCGACGGAUGGGACUUUUGGGACACAGACGACCCAACGCAUGGCACGGUGCAAUACGUUAGUCGGGCAGAUGGGCAAAGUGCUGGGCUGAUAGAGAUAAACUCGGCGGGGAACGCUGUUAUGCGUGUUGACACAACUCCUUCUAUUUCGGGAAACCGAAAGAGCAUCCGGAUAACAACACAAAAAGAGUUCACCGGUGGGCUUAUUAUUCUCGACGCGUUCCAUGCGCCAACUGGUUGCGGUACUUGGCCAGCAUUUUGGUCGAAUGGCCCAAAUUGGCCAGUUGGAGGGGAGAUCGACAUAGUGGAAGGAGUUUCGGAUUACACAAAUAACCAGGCUACGAUUCAUACAGCGCCUGGUUGUGCUUUAACGACCGACAAUCCUGCUAAAUUGAACGCAAGCGCAUCAGCGGUCACUGGGGGAACUGAUUGCGCGGCAGCCACGUCUGGAAACGCUGGAUGUGGGAUGCGUUCGGCGGAUAACAAGUCCUUUGGACCAGGUUUCAACAGCAAUGGCGGUGGUGUUUAUGCUAUGCUGUGGCAAUCUAGCGGAAUCUCGGUUUUCUUUUUCGAGAGGGGGGAUAUUCCCGACCAUAUCGACGCAGGAGCUCCCCAACCUGAUAAGUGGGGCCUUCCUAUGGCUCAUUGGCCUGCAGCAGUUUGUGACCCAUGGAAGUACUUCUACAAGCAUGUUGCCAUCAUCAACACCAGUUUGUGUGGCGAUUGGGCUGGCAGUGCAUGGACCAGCAGUGGUAUUCCCGGUCAAGAACAAAGCUGCGCGCAACGAACGGGCUUCUCCACGUGCUCUGAAUUUGUUCAGAAAAAUGGAGGCUCCUUUGCGCAAGCUUAUUGGGAGAUUAAGAGCGUCAAGUUUUACAACACAACUGCCCCGCUCUAG